AUGGCGCCACUCAAACCCGAAAGAGUCACUGAGCCCAUCAGCGAUUCAGAGUCGUCCGACUCGAGGGAGGAAGACGAUGAGGGCUGGGAUGAUGUUGAGCAGGAUGAAGAAGAGACCCAACAGGUGAUCUCACUGCUCGAUGACAAAGUAUUCCCAGACGUCAUGUCCAUGUUGGAACACUGCAAAGACAAGCACGGCUUUGACUUUUUGGCCGUACGACAGAAGCUGCAGCUGGACUUCCACGGUUGUGUCAAGCUGGUCAAUUACAUUCGCUCUCGAGUUCAUGACGGCCAGACCGUGUCGGAAAACAUUUCGACAUCAGAAAUUGAGUCAGAUCAAUACUUGAAGCCAGUUCUGGACGACGAUGCCGUCAUUAUUGGCCUCUUUGAUCUGCCAGAUAUUGUGCCGGAGAGCACUCCAGCGCAAACACAGGAUGCCACCGCCGUGGACGACCUACUCAAGCGCAACACUGAACUCCAGGAGGAACUUCAGCGCAUUACCGCACAAUUUGAGCGCUACCGUGCGACAGUCUCUGAAACCCUAGACCAAAGAUGGGGCGAUGUCGAGGCCGCCGAGGCAGAGGCUUCAGCUGCAAAGGCUGCGGGCAAGGGCAAGGAGAUUGCGCCCAAGAAGCCCGAGGAUGCUAGCAAGUACUACUGGGAGUCUUAUGCUGGCAAUGACAUUCACGAGACAAUGCUCAAGGACACAGUCCGAACCGAGGGCUACCGCGACUUCAUCUACAACAACAAGCACAUCUUUGCUGGCAAGACCGUGCUCGACAUCGGAUGCGGCACUGGCAUCCUGUCCAUGUUUUGCGCAAAGGCGGGCGCCGCUCGCGUCAUUUCGGUCGACGCCAGCGACAUUAUUGACAAGGCGCGCGAAAACGUCAUCACCGCGGGCCUGUCGUCGACCAUUACGCUGAUCAAGGGCAAGAUGGAGGAGGUGACGCUGCCCGUCGACCAGGUCGACAUUAUUGUCAGCGAGUGGAUGGGCUACUGCCUGCUCUACGAGGCCAUGCUGCCGUCGGUGCUCUACGCGCGCGACCGCUACCUCAAGCCCGACGGCCUCCUGGUCCCCAGCACCUGCAACAUGUGGAUCGCGCCCGUGGCCGAUGGUGAGUACGUCAUGGACAAUGUGCACUUUUGGCGCGACGUCUACGGCUUCGACAUGAAGGCCAUGCAGUCCGGCAUCUGGGACGAGGUCCGCGUCCUGCACUGGCCCAAGGCCACCGUCUGCGGCCAGCCCGCUGGCUUCAAGCUGCUCGACCUGUACACGAUCAAGACCGAGGACCUGACCUUUUCCUCUCACUGGCGGUCCGAGCUCACGCAGGAUGUCGACGCCGUCGAUGGCCUCCUGAUCUGGUUUGACAACUUCUUUUCGCCGACCCGGGAGGACAACAAGAGCGUUGGCCUGCAGUCGGUAGCGGAUGACUGGGCAAAGGAGAACCAGGACCGCGUGGCAUUCACGACGGGCCCGUUCAACACGGAGACGCACUGGAGGCAGGGGUUCCUCAUGUUCAAGUACAAGGAGGGCGAGUCGUCGGCCUUCAAGAAGGGCGACGUGAUUGAGGGAGACGUCACGUUUGCGCCUCCCGAGGACAUGCCGAGGGGUCUGAUCAUCAAGACGAGCUGGAGCGCUGCUGGCCAGGACAAGAAGCAUGCGCAGUCGUGGGAUAUGCGGUAA